GAGGAAGAGGAGGAGGAGGAGGAAACAAGAUGGCGGAGGCCUCCCCGCAGCCGGGACGGUAUUUCUGCCACUGCUGCUCGGCCGAGAUCGCCCCGCGCCUGCCGGAUUAUAUCUGUCCAAGGUGUGAAUCUGGUUUUAUCGAGGAAUUACCUGAAGAACCUAGGAAUGCCGAGAACGGCACCAGCUCCUCCACGUCGACCAGCGAUCAGAGCAGACAGCCGUUUGAGAAUGUGGAUCAGCAUUUAUUCAGUUUACCGCAGGGCUACGGCCAGUUUGCUUUUGGGAUCAUCGACGACAGCUUUGAGUUUCCAGCCUUCGGGUCCAACGCUCAGUCGGAAGACAACCGGGACGCCGAGAACCGGCGAGAGCGAGAGCACCAAUCUCGGCACAGAUACGGUGCCAGGCAGCCUCGGGCCCGUUUUACCACCCGGAGGACUGCUGGCCGGCACGAGGGCGUCCCCACGCUAGAAGGAAUCAUCCAGCAGUUGGUCAAUGGGAUCAUCGCACCUACCACGAUACCGAAUCUCGGAGUCGGACCCUGGGGAGUCCUGCAUUCAAAUCCCAUGGACUACGCUUGGGGCGCCAAUGGCUUGGACGCCAUCAUUACUCAGCUACUGAACCAGUUUGAAAACACAGGCCCCCCUCCUGCAGACAAAGAGAAGAUCCAGAGCCUUCCAACAAUCCAUAUAACAGAAGAACACGUAGGUUCUGGACUGGAAUGCCCCGUGUGCAAGGAAGAUUAUGAAGUCGGCGAAAGUGUGCGACAGCUACCCUGCAAUCACUUGUUCCAUGACGGUUGCAUAGUCCCUUGGCUAGAACAGCAUGAUACCUGCCCAGUGUGUCGGAAAAGCUUAAGCGGCCAGAACACAGCCACGAACCCACCAGUACUCUCAGCGAUGAAUUUCGCAUCGUCUUCAUCGUCCUCGUCAUCUUCCUCCUCCUCCAGUUCACCAAGUAAUGAAAACUCCGCAAACAACUCAUGAAUCUUUCCAGAGCAAACCCUGCGCUGCCCCGUCGUGCUUUUUCUAAUGUCACAGCCCUUCCUCUUCCCACCACCACUGCCAGGGGAAAGGAGUGUAGGGUGGGCAUCCCCGGAACAGAGCGGAGCAGGGAGAAAGGGACCUCUCAUGAAACAUAGCGACAUCGAGACCCUUUUCUCUUCCCCUCCCCAACACCCCUGGGUGUUGGUGUUAAAUAACCCAUUCUUUUAAGGGCAGACCCAUUCCUUUCCAAAACUGCUGUGUGGACCUUUAAAAACCAGCCAAACAGCUCUGCAAAAAACAAAGCGGCAGGGAAUGAAUGGAACAUGGCAAAGACCGAACAGAGAGAUCUGAAUUCCAAAGGGGUGUUCAAACAUGUCUGUGUCCACUUUUUUUAUUUUUUUUUUGGUUAAAUUCUGACCAGGUUUUCCUGCCUCCUUCCUCACCUCCGUUCUUUUAUGCUUUGAUGUAUCUCAACCUCGAAUGUGGAAAUAUAAUGCGUCCUUUUUCCCCUUCCCUCCUUCCCUAAGGAUUUUCUACAUCAGGAGGGGAUGGUGAAGCUUUUCAAAUAGCAGGCAUUCAAAAACCCACCGGGGGGGUGGGGUGCACACGACCCUCACAAUCAAACAACAUUUCCUGACCUUGUUGAGUUUCUUUUUUCCCUCCCCUCACCUUCUGUUUAACACCGCCCUUUUUGGCAAUUUGACGAGACUGGGGUUUUUAUAAUUUUAAAUUAUUACUGCUGUUAAAUAAAUGGACAUUUCAGUUCGA